AUGAAAUUAGGAUAUAAUGAAAUAAUGAUAACAUCAAUGUAUUUUAAUGAUAUUAAUGAUUUUAUUAAUUUAGAAAUAGGAAUUAAAAGAUUUCAAGGAAAUAUUGAACGAUUUCAUUUUAAUCCAAUUCCAUUAAAUGAAUAUUCAAGAAAAUUGUUUACUAAUAUUGAAACAUUCCAUGUUUAUGAAUAUGAUGAUGAAAUAUUUAAAGAUGGAAGAAUAUUUAAAUAUGUAAUAUGGUAUUUAGUAAAUUAUUCAGAAUAUUUACAAGAGAAAGAACAAGGAAAUAUCUGUAAAAAUAUAGAAUAUACAAAAAAAGAUAGAAAGAAAUAUGGAAAUACAAUACCAUCAGAAGUUAAAUCACUUGGAUAUGAAUGUUUUAUAUACUGUUAUUCAUUAACAACAAUUAAUAUACCAUCCUCAAUUAGUGUAUUAGGAAAAUGUUGUUUUUAUAAAUGUUCAUCAUUAACAUCAAUUAAUAUACCAUCAACAAUUAGUAAAAUAGGAGAUGGAUGUUUUUAUGGAUGUUCAUCAUUAAUAUCAAUUAAUACACCCAACACCCAUUAA